AAUGAAUUGUGUACUAUUAAAUAAGCUAAACAAUUUUUUAAUUAAUGUACACUUGUCACGACUUAGACAUACUAAGCAUUGGAAUCCUAAAUUUAAGAAACAAAGGCAAGAAAAAUUUUUUAAACCAGAUGUAAUUAAAAGAAAACACAAUGUAAAUGGUUUAUCAGAAGAUAUUCUACAUACAAAAAUGAAAGAACGUGGAAUUUAUCCUAGUAAACCAUGGCAAGAAAGUGCGAUUUAUAUUAGCUGCACAGGAGAUGUUUUUGAGCCUUAUAUCCCACCAGAAGGCGAUGGUAAAUUUUCGUCUCUAUCAACAAUAGGUGCAAAACAGAAUGCUGAAUAUUUAAUGAAAAAAACUAAAUCUUACCAAGCUGUCAUGACUAUUAAAAAAUUUGAAGAAGCAUUUGAUGUAAUUGAUUUUGCAAAUGAAUCUCUUGACAUUUAUAUUAAAGGUCAUGAAAUAUUAGCCAGAAAACAAAAAUCUAAAUUAAAAGGUUUCGUAACUGAAAAAUUAUUUCCGGAAUUAUUUUAUAAUUUAGAAAAUAAAACCAUCAUAUGGAAAUUUAUAAAAUCCUUAGAACCUGCCAGAGUAGUUCAUUCGAGGUGCACAAAUUUGUUAACAGAUGAUAAUAUUUUUGCACAAAUUACGGUUCGCCUACAUACUGAACAGAUUUUAGCUGUAUAUGAUCGAUUUGGAAGAUUAAUGCAUGGUUCCGAAAUAUUAAAAAAAAAUGUACUGGAAUAUAUAGUAUUUGAAAAACAUCUAAGUAAUGAAUAUGGUCAGUGGCGUCUGCAUUCAAAAAUUAUACCUUCAUGGAUGCCUUUAGGACAAUGUAUAACAAAAACUUUUGUAACAAAUUGAUAAGCAAUAAAGUAUUUUAAUUAAUGGUAAUAAAUACAUAGUUAAUAAUA